CUUCCUAUUGGCUGCCGGGUUGACGCCUAUUGCUCUCUGUCCUGAAGCGGCGAAGUGAAGGUGAACCCCAUAGAAACCGGCCUGUCUCUCUCUCUCUGCUGCUCCUCUCUGGAAACAUCCUCCCCCGGUCUCCUCCUUCUGCACCGGGAUCAUCUGCGUUGCUCUGAGCCAUGUCCAUAUUCAGCGAUGUCCCGCUGGCUCCUCCGGUAGCGGUUUUCAAACUAACUGCCGACUUCAGGGAGGACAGCAACCCGCAGAAGGUGAAUCUGGGUGUUGGAGCUUACCGUACCGAUGACUGCCAGCCCUGGGUGCUGCCGGUGGUGAAGAAGGUGGAGCGGAUGAUCGUGGAGGACGGCAGCCUGAACCACGAGUACCUGCCCAUCCUCGGGCUGCCCGAGUUCCGCUCCGCCUCCGCCAAGGUUGCCCUGGGCGAGGACAGCCCCGCCAUCAAGGACAACAGGGUGGGAGGGGUCCAGGCUCUCGGUGGGACAGGUGCUCUGAGGAUCGGGGCAGAGUUCCUGCGGCGUUGGUACAACGGCGUCAACAACACGGCCACGCCCGUCUAUGUCUCAGCGCCCACCUGGGAGAACCACAACAGUGUGUUUACCGACGCUGGCUUCAAAGACAUCCGGCCCUACCACUACUGGGACGCUGCUAACAGAGGCCUGGACCUCGCCGGGCUCCUGGAUGACCUGGAGAAAGCUCCGGAACACUCCAUCUUCCUCCUCCACGCCUGCGCACACAACCCCACCGGCACCGACCCCACCCCGGACGAGUGGAAGAAGAUCGCCGAGAUCAUGAAGAGGAGGAACUUGUUUGCGUUCUUUGACUCGGCCUACCAGGGUUUCGCCUCCGGCAAUCUGGAAAAGGAUGCCUGGGCCAUCCGCUACUUUGUGUCUGAGGGCUUUGAGCUGUUUAUAGCUCAGUCCUACUCCAAAAACUUCGGUCUUUACAAUGAGAGAGUUGGCAACCUGACCGUGGUUGCCCAGGACAGCGAGAACCUGAGCCGCACCCUGUCCCAGAUGGAGAAGAUUGUCAGGACGACUUGGUCCAACCCGCCGUCUCAGGGAGCACGCAUCGUCAGCAAGACCCUCAACUGCCCAGAGCUCUUUGCCGAAUGGAAGGGUAAUGUGAAGACCAUGGCAGACCGUGUCCUAUUGAUGAGGGAUCAGCUGAAGUCCAAGCUGCAGGAUCUGGGCACCCCAGGGACCUGGGACCACAUCACGCAGCAGAUCGGCAUGUUCAGCUUCACCGGCCUGAACCCCAAACAGGUGGAGUACAUGAUCAAAGAGAAGCACGUGUACCUGAUGGCCAGCGGCCGCAUCAACAUGUGCGGUCUGACCACCAAGAACAUCGACUAUGUCGCCCAGUCCAUCCACGACGCAGUCACCAAGGUCCAGUAAAGGCUGCUUCCCUCCGCCCGCUUCCUGCCUCCUGCACUGUACGCCACACAAAGUCCUCACCAUGUCUGUGCCCUUGUAACCCCGCCUCCUGCUCAUCCAGGCCUCUGAUUGGUUGAACUGCAGCAGGGAUUUAGCAGUUGAACCAAUGGGAGGACGGAUGAUUUUUUUUCUGUUCUCACAUGAAGGUAUGAAUCUUUCUGUGGUGCAACGAUUUUAGGAAGACACUAAAACGCACAAAAGCUAGGGAUGCUUGCCAGCAGAGCUCCAUACCAGAAUAGGUAGAAGUUAAAAAUGUCUUUUUAUUCAGGUCCCUGCAUUUUUAGCCUGUUUUUGUGCAAUUUCAAUCAUUUGUGUUCCACUUGAAUUUUUGGCUAGUGUCUUUUCUUUGACGAGGGCCCGGCUGGGGCCGGUCCCAGACUGAUGGCAGCAGUAAUGUAGAGCCCAAUAGUUUCUAUGAUACCAAAUAAUGGACUGAAUUGUAAAUUAAGAAUUUAAAAAAAGCUAUAAGACAGACUCCAUAGGGCCCUACAUUAAGUCAGUGCUAAAAGCUAACUGGACAUUUGAAAAUAUGACGUUUAUGACGCCUAAGUUUUUAACUUAGCCGCCCCACUGGUUUAGUUCUGGUGGGGGGCAACUUAGGCCCGGUGGGCCACCGAGCUUGCAAUACACUGGGGGGGAACCCUGUCUGUCAUUUAUAGCAUUUCAAGGGAUAUGUCAUGAUGUAUCUGUAGAAUUGACCAAAAUGCCUGGUUGAUGUAAAUAGAUGUAAUAAUCACUGUUAGAGGUCCUACUAUUAUCUGCAGAAGCACUGAAGUCCUGCUUUACUUUAGCUCUGAGCCCAUAACAAAUCCAUUUUCCUUUUGUCAACCAUCACAAUUCAAUAUUUCAAUAUAUGUAUAUUUAAUGCAUAAUCAACUCAUCCCAGGACAUAUCCUAUGCUGAAGUCUGAAGAAGGACAUUGUAAGCACAGCGUUAGGGUCCCGGUCACUUAAAGGUAAAUGCAUGUGCCUGAUGUUUUUAGGUAUUGCCUUGUCAGACCUGUGCAGCUACGUAGAAGAUCAUAAUGUUAGUUCGAAGUUGUGCCAUCAGUGAACAAAAUGGCCUCUCUUCCUCUUUCUGGUGUCACUUUCUUUCCACCCUGCAGUACCCUUGUUGAGUUACAGAAAGCCUCUGUAAAGUCGGUUGUUGCGAUGACACAUAACCACACUCCCUUUAUGUGGUGUUAUUUGUAAUGACACACUGCAGUAUGUGUGCUCAUACUGAAAUAAAUUAUAAACCACAAGAACCCAAA